UCCUCAAUUGCUUUGCUUUCGACUGGCAGCGGUGUGAGGUUGUUGUGGUGUUUUUUCUAUAUUGCUUGCAGAACUUUCUUUGCAUGUACUGUGUCUGGUCGUGACAUUUCUAGAGGUGUUGAGCACUUCGCAAUAUUCCAGAGGACAUGCUACCAUCCUGUGGAGUAGCGUGACGAAAUUACGAUGGCAGCUGCAAACUCUGCUGGGCGAAGUUACACCUUCAAAGUGGUGCUUCUUGGUGAAGGUUGUGUUGGAAAAACAUCGGUUGUUUUACGUUAUGUUGAGAACAAGUUCAACGACGCACACUUUUCCACGCUACAGGCAUCGUUCCUCAACAAAAAACUGAACAUUGCUGGAAAGCGGGUGAACUUAGCCAUAUGGGAUACAGCUGGACAAGAACGUUUCCAUGCCCUCGGUCCGAUUUACUACCGUGACAGCAAUGGAGCAGUGCUGGUUUAUGACAUCACAGAUGAAGAUUCAUUCCAGAAGGUGAAAAACUGGGUCAAAGAACUGCGAAAGAUGUUGGGUCAGGACGUCUGCUUGACCAUAGCGGGCAACAAAACAGACCUGGAAAAGAACCGUGCUGUCCCAGCCAGCGAAGCGGAGGCCUAUGCUGCGUCUGUGGGAGCAACCCACGUGCUUACUUCAGCCAAAUUGAAUCGUGGCAUCGAGGACUUGUUCCUGAACCUUAGCAGGAGAAUGAUUGAAGUCGCGGAGAGCAAUGACGAACAACACCGGAACAGCCUGGGAAGGGGAGGCAGUUCUCGACGCAACGUCGUGAUCGUUGAAGACGAACCGCAACCAAAGCGAGGAUGCUGCGGAGGAUGAAGUGCCUCAGCCCCCUCCAAGGUGCACGGCCGACGUUUUGGAGGACGUUUAUGUUAUAUAAUAUAUAUCCCUUAUAGGUGUGUUCCAAAGCUGUGAGUACAUUAAUAAAGAGUACCAUGCCUUGUA